GAUAAAUAAUGCAGCCAUCUGUUCUGAGGGACAAGAGAGCAAAGAGGGAGAGGAGCGCACGCUUUGCUUUCUUGUUGGUACCCAAUAACAUCAACCGAAUUACAGACAUCCCAACACUUUGCCCAGGCAGCCUGCUGAGCAAGGCAAUUCAGCCAGCAUGGCUGUCUCCUUGCCACCCACUCCGGGACUCGGUUUUGCUCCGGAUGAAAUCCAGCACCCACAUAUUAAAUUUUCAGAAUGGAAAUUUAAGCUGUUCCGGGUGAGAUCCUUGGAAAAGGCACCCGAAGGUGCUCCAGUGGAAAAGAAGGAUUCCUCUGAGGGAAAACUCUCUCUGGAGCAAUCUCCUGCAGCCCUGGACAAGCCCGAGGCUGAGAAGCCAGCCUUGACACAACCAGCAUUAAAGCCUCACCCUAAGUUUUUGAAGAAAUCCUAUGAUGAUGAAGGGAAAGCAAGAGAAAAAGCAAUCCACCAAGCCAACCUUCGGCAUCUCUGCCGCAUCUGUGGGAAUUCUUUUAAAAACGUGGAGCGCAGUAGGAGAUACCCAGUCCAUGGGCCCGUGGAUGGUAAAACCCAGGUCCUUUUACGAAAGAAGGAAAAGAGAGCCACUUCCUGGCCAGACCUCAUUGCCAAGGUUUUCCGGAUCGAUGUGAAGGCAGAUGUUGACUCGAUCCACCCCACUGAGUUCUGCCACAACUGCUGGAGGGUCAUGCACAGGAAGUUCAGAAGUGCCCCAAGUGAGGUCUACUUCCCGAGGAAUGCAGCCAUGGAGUGGCAGCCCCACACAGCAUCCUGUGACAUCUGCCACCAUGCCCGUCGGGGACUCAAGAGGAAGAGUCAUCAGCCAAACGUGCAGCUCAGCAAAAAACUCAAAAUGGUGCUUGACCGAGCAAGACAAGCGCGUCAGCGCAAGAAGAGAGCUCAGGCGAAGAUCAGCAGCAAGGAAAUGAUGAAGCAGAUUGCCACCUGCAGUAAGAUUCAUCUUAGCACCAAGCUCCUCGCAGUGGACUUCCCGGUGCACUUUGUGAAAUCUAUCUCCUGCCAGAUCUGUGAGCACAUUCUGGCUGACCCAGUGGAGACCACCUGUAAGCAUGUAUUUUGCAGGAUCUGCAUUCUCAGAUGCCUCAAAGUCAUGGGCAGCUAUUGUCCCUCUUGCCGAUAUCCCUGCUUCCCUACUGACCUGGAGAGUCCGGUGAAGUCCUUUCUGAGCAUCCUGAAUUCCCUGAUGGUGAAAUGUCCAGCCAAAGAGUGUGACGAGGAGGUCAGCUUGGAAAAAUAUAAUCACCACGUCUCAACCCACAAGAAUGCAAAAGAGACUUUUGUGCAUAUUAAUAAAGGAGGCCGGCCCCGCCAGCACCUCCUGUCACUGACCCGGAGGGCUCAGAAGCACCGUCUGAGGGAGCUCAAGCUGCAGGUGAAGGCCUUUGCUGACAAAGAAGAAGGUGGAGAUGUCAAGUCCGUGUGCCUGACCCUGUUCCUGCUGGCACUGAGGGCAAGAAAUGAGCACAGACAAGCCGACGAGCUGGAGGCCAUCAUGCAGGGACGUGGCUCCGGCCUGCAGCCUGCUGUGUGCUUGGCCAUCCGCGUCAACACCUUCCUCAGCUGUAGUCAGUACCACAAGAUGUACAGGACGGUGAAAGCCAUCACAGGGAGGCAGAUUUUCCAGCCUUUGCACGCCCUUCGGAAUGCCGAGAAGGUCCUUCUGCCGGGCUACCACCCCUUCGAGUGGCAGCCACCUCUGAAGAACGUGUCUUCUAGCACCGAUGUGGGCAUUAUCGAUGGACUGUCUGGACUGUCCUCCUCUGUGGACGAUUACCCAGUAGACACCAUUGCAAAGCGGUUUCGCUAUGAUGCGGCGCUGGUGUCUGCCCUGAUGGACAUGGAAGAAGACAUCUUGGGAGGCAUGAGAGCCCAAGACCUUGAUGACUACCUGAAUGGCCCCUUCACUGUGGUGGUGAAGGAGUCUUGCGACGGAAUGGGAGAUGUGAGUGAGAAGCACGGGAGUGGGCCGGCAGUUCCAGAAAAGGCGGUCCGGUUCUCCUUCACAGUCAUGAAAAUUACCAUAGCACACGGCUCACAGAGUGUGAAGGUGUUCGAGGAAGCCAAACCUAACUCUGAACUGUGUUGCAAGCCCCUGUGCCUUAUGCUGGCAGACGAGUCCGACCACGAGACCCUCACGGCCAUCCUCAGCCCUCUCAUUGCCGAGAGGGAGGCCAUGAAGAACAGCGAACUGAUGCUCGAAAUGGGAGGCAUCCUCCGGACCUUCAAGUUCAUCUUCAGGGGUACUGGCUAUGAUGAGAAACUUGUCCGUGAAGUGGAAGGCCUCGAGGCUUCUGGCUCGGUCUACAUCUGCACCCUCUGUGAUGCCACCCGCCUGGAAGCUUCUCAGAACCUUGUCCUGCACUCCAUAACCAGAAGCCACGCGGAGAACCUGGAGCGCUAUGAGGUCUGGCGUUCCAACCCGUUCCACGAGUCCGUGGAAGAACUCCGGGAUCGGGUGAAAGGGGUCUCAGCCAAGCCCUUCAUUGAGACCGUCCCUUCCAUAGAUGCGCUCCACUGCGACAUUGGCAAUGCGGCCGAGUUCUACAAGAUCUUCCAGCUAGAGAUAGGGGAGGUGUAUAAGAAUCCCAGUGCCUCCAAAGAGGAAAGGAAAAGGUGGCAGGCUACCCUGGACAAGCAUCUCCGGAAGAAGAUGAACCUGAAACCAAUCAUGAGGAUGAAUGGCAACUUUGCCAGGAAGCUCAUGACCAAGGAGACAGUGGAAGCCGUGUGUGAACUGAUUCCCUCCGAGGAGAGGCACGAGGCCCUGAGGGAGCUGAUGGACCUCUAUCUGAAGAUGAAACCCGUGUGGCGCUCGUCGUGCCCCGCCAAAGAGUGCCCCGAGUCUCUCUGCCAGUACAGUUUCAAUUCACAGCGGUUUGCGGAGCUCCUCUCCACCAAGUUCAAGUAUAGAUACGAGGGCAAAAUCACCAAUUACUUUCACAAAACCCUGGCACACGUCCCUGAAAUUAUUGAGAGGGACGGCUCCAUCGGGGCCUGGGCGAGCGAGGGAAAUGAGUCAGGCAACAAACUGUUCAGGCGCUUCAGGAAAAUGAAUGCCAGGCAGUCAAAGUGCUACGAAAUGGAAGACGUCUUGAAGCAUCACUGGUUGUAUACUUCCAAAUACCUUCAGAAGUUUAUGAAUGCUCAUAAUGCAUUAAAAAGCUCUGGGUUUUCCGUAAACUCCCAGGGAUGUUUAGAGGAGGACCCGUUAGGCCUAGAGGACUCUCUGGAAACUCAAGAUUCAAUGGAAUUUUAAGUAGGGCAGCCGCUUGUGAGGUGGUUUUGCAAAUGAGUUUUCCUUUGGGUUGCACUGAGACCUUCUCCUAGCACCCUUCGCUCUUGUGUGCAGGGGGUCACCCACCAAGCGGUGGUCGGUGGGAGAGGCUGCAGAUGCUGAAACCAGUCAGGAAUGGAUAAUGGAUGUCCUGAUUGCUCGCACCAUUUAGGGAGCUCAGAGCAGCAACAGGAGAAAUGGGUUAUCUGAAAAGCUCAGUAGCUCAGGAUAGGAGUAACUGCAGGGGACCAGAGAUGAACAAAGAUACGUGCAUGUGUGAAUGAGGGACGUGAAAGUCAAAGCCAAGGUUGUCAAAGAGGAAUGACCAGAGAGGCCAGGGAAGGAACUUGUCUUGUGGUUUCCAUUCCCUCCUCUCCUUUUAUUAUAGUUUUCAUUGAGAUACAAGUGUUUUCUCUACCAAUAUUGUAGAAUUCUUUGUGUUAUAAUUUUCACAUAUCUCAGCUUACUUUAUAAGAGCUGAAGAACUUUCCAUAGUUCUCCAGUAAUAAUAAUAUUUUACAUUUGAGUGGCACAAUGGCCCUUACAGUGUUUUCAGCCUGUUUUCUCAUUUGGUACAUUUAUAUAGAAAUACCCAACAUCCAAAUGAUUUUUUUGGGAAAAUUAGACCUUUUCUAGGUUUCAAUGAUGUAUCCACCAAAACCUUAAAAGUUUAGGCAGUCAUCUGCUGCCAUGGAUUUUUCAAUAAUGAAGCUGGAAGAACACAACUGUUAGCUCCAGUUAGUUACUAAAUCUUCUAGAAAUACAUGUUUACUUAGCUCAGGAGCCAGGUGUCAUUUUUCUUUGUAACUUCUCAUUUCAAUUAAUUUAGUCUCCAAAUGUUUUGUCCUACAAUCUCAAAGCCACAGAGACUUUUAAAAUCUGGAUUUGCUCACUGUAUACAAACAGAUUUAAUGUCUUGUUGAAAAUUUCUGCCAGAUUUUCUCCGUCUGAUACCUGGGUCAAUUUUACUAAAUCCAGGUUUCCUGGAGUAUUUCCCUCUGCAGUGGGUUAUUUUUUUUAUUGUGAUCAGUUUACUUUCAGUGUUUUAAUAUUUUUGUAGCAGGGUCGCUUUUUACUUUUCCCACUUGCUAAGUUUAGGUAAGUCUGCUCUUAGUACAGUGGAAGAGUUAAGAUUGGUAGAGUGUUUUUAUUUUUUGGAACUUUGGAAUAUUUUCAUGUUCAUUUUUGCCUCAUUUUUCUGUGGGGUAGAUGUAGACAUUGUUAUUAUCCCUAUUUGAUGGAGGGGGUUAAAUGAUUUGUUCAAAGUCACAGAGAUAAUGAGUAUUGGCCUGGAAUUUGAACAUAGGUAUUUAAUGUCCAAAUUCCAUGUUCUUUCUAGUUUAACAGUUAACCUUUUUUUUUUUUUUAAGUAAGGCAGGAUCAUAUUUGUUUAGGAUCCACAAUUCAUCCCCACAGUUCAUCACCCUGGGAUUAUGUGUCUUGGGGGCAGGGAUGGGGGGUAUUUAAGUUAUUGGUGUGCUUUAGGACUUGUGACAUAAGAAAGCAAUGCUAAAGCUCCCAAGAGCCCCCAAACUUCUGGUGACUCCACUUAUUUGGAAACUAUUGUCUGCAUCCUCAGAGAUGUGAGAACUGCCAACUGCUGGCAACUUAGAGCAGGCAUGGGAUUUUAUAUGCUAGUGAGUCAAAACGAUAUGUUAGUGUUAAUUAGUUUUUUCUUCCUUUGAUUCUGUUGACCAUAAUUGCCACGUUUCAUACACGGUAUGCCAAAGAGCUUUGCAGCUUGUCAAACGUGCAUCAGUGACAUUUUUUAAAAUGAUACGCAUUUGGUGUUUUUUAUGGGGAUUGAACCCAGUAUUUUCCAUUUAAUACAUACAGCAGUUUUUUUUUCUUUUUCUAUAUAAAAUAUAUAUAACUGACAAAGACACAUGUAGUUUAGUUUUCAAAAACAUAUGCAUAUUUCAAUUUUGUUUUUUCUUCAAAGUGAACGUUUUGAAUUUUGUAAAUGAACAGGCUUCUGAACCACCCUUUUUCUUCAUUCACUUCAUCCUUACACCGUGUCUCUGCACUAGUAAAACAGCUGACUUCGUGUACUCACCCUAGUCCCCGAAGCGUGCUGGCACUGGUUUGUAGAUGUUUUCCCAUUUCCCCUCUGCUACUUAAUUGGUGACACUGUAAAUACUUUCCAGUGUUAAAUUUCCCCUUUCUAGCGUCGUAGGAACUAUUUGGCGUGCAUGUGACUAACAGCACGAUUUACAGCACAGCCAUCCCAAAUAAUCCCUCAGUCAGAUCACAUUUCGAUAAACCCCAGGAACAUCUGGCCACAGGAACUUCAAAAUGUAGAAAUGCUGCCUGUGGUUGUUUUUGCCUUCAUUGUUGAGACUGCAAUAUCCCCGACCCUGGUUUUAUAUUCAAGUUUGAUUUUUGACAAUGCCCAUUGCAAAUGCAGUCACUGACUCCAGGGGAUUCACCGCAAUGACGGGAGCAUUUUUUUUGAAGCAGAAACGGGAACCUCACAAGUGCAAUGCGUUUUCCUCCUGUGAAAUCUGAUUCUGCAAGUUUUCCUUCCAACCCACCAAGGGGCACUGCGGGGACCAGUGAUAAUGGCUGAUGAGAAGUGAUGAAUGGUCCGUGUGAGGUCAAAAAGCACUCUGGGAUUCAUAAGCCAGCACGGAGAAGUAAGAGCGGGAGGAACACAUGUCUUUUCCUUACAGGCGAACUGGAAUUUAGUGUUGCCCCAAUUUGUUUUCACAAAGUGUAGAUGAAGUGAAAGAUUUUUUUUGUGGUUGUUGAGUGUGUGGGUCUUGCAUUAUCAAACAGAAUUCAAACUCCAUACGGCUAGGAGUUAGGAUUUGUAAGCACCCGUGGUGGUUGGGAGGAACAAACCAUAGUUUGGGUGCAAGGGACGUCUGACUGCAGGUUUGUGUGCAUCGUCAGUUACUGUGUGAGAGAGGGUCUAUCCUUUCAAUGUCAAGCAAUUUUAAAUGAGUGCAUAUUUUGGCCCUAUGUUUUUUUUUCAUUUAACUACAGUAACAUACCUUAGAGAUCAUUUUUGGUGAGGUUUUUUUCUGUGGCAUUGUACUUCACUUUAUUUUCUUACAAAUAAUCAUAAAGUUGGUUUAAUGACUACCAAGAGUCUUCCUUUUUCUUGUUUUAGGGAAAGUUCAGGUACGAGGGUGACAUGGAUUUAUCUGAUGUGGGGAGCCCGGUAUACAUCCAUGUCAAAUGUUUUCAA